AUGGGGGGGCCGCGGCGCAUGUCCAGUGCGCUGCUGCUGCCCUUCGCGCUGCUGUCCCUGCCACCUACGGAUGCUGCCAACACUACCACCUACCGGGAAGAAGUAGAAUCAUCCCUCCGUCUGGUGCAUGCAGUAGCUACUGGGGCGACAGGCGCACUGUGUGUCACACAUCGGUAUGGGCGGCUGCGGGCACCACUGCACGCGGCGCGGUGGGACACUGCAAGAGCCAGGGCUGAUUUAGCUGCUAACCUACUCCAUCAACUAGGCUUGGAAUCUGCAGAAGUGCUAAUGGCCGUGUCACAAGGCCUCGUGCUCGGAUCAAGUCCUGCAGAACGAGCAGUAGGGGCAAGGGCACUGGCCUUAAGAUCUGAUGGAGUAGUGAACAGUGCAGUAGCCUGGGCAAGAUAUGGCACCGCUGAUCCAAUCGCUGUAGUGUCCCCACAGUUGGAAAAGCCACCAGAUCCUGAAUAUCCUUGGUACGUGUCAGCACAUGAGAUAGAAACGCUCCGGUCUCCGAAGUUCAUGCCAUCUCCACCUGGUGCUGCAAUGGAGGGCUGGUGGACGUAUCCAUAUUACAGCUGCGAAGCCAAACGAUGGUUAUUGUCCUACACCGUGCCUGUAGCAACUGUACGAGGAUUGAAAGGUAUCGUCUCGCUAGACAUAGACAUAUCGAGCUUGGAAAUAAACCAGUGCGAGGCAGAUACUGAAGAAGAUAAUGACAACCAAAUAUAUUCUUUUCACGGGACACACAAAUGCCCUAACGACACUACUUACUGUGAAUACAAACCAAACAGAGAGAUGAAUGUGCGACAUGCUGGUUGGGCACGAGGGUCAUAUAUUUGCCGAUGUCGUCCCGGAUACUAUUCGACACAUCACCGUGAAGGAUAUAAUGGAUCCCUUGUUGAAGUGGCUUACCAAGAAUACGAAGAAACCGAUCUAGAAAACUGGAGUGAGCCUUAUGAGUGUCUGAAAUGUCAACCAGGCUGCGAAACAUGCCGGGGACCGGAGCCCUGCCUCGCCACUUACAACUGGCCAUUCCGGAUAUCAUUACUGGUAAUAUCAGUAAGCUGUGCAGUCAUGACCGUGUGUCUGACCAUCUACACUCGUCACCAUCGCAGGGUGAAAGUGUUCCGAGUAGCCAGCCCUGUGUUCCUGUCGAUAACACUUCUUGGAUGCGCUAUCAUGUAUAUGGAGAUGGCAGCUAUAUUCCCGGUGUUGGAUAGAUACUCUUGCAUUGCAACAAAAUGGACCAGACAUAUGGGAUUCUGUAUCACUUACACUGCGCUUCUGAUGAAGACAUGGAGGGUAUCUCUAACAUACAGAGUGAAAUCAGCUCAUAAACUGAAGCUGACAGACAAGCAGCUGCUGCAGUGGAUGGCACCGAUACUCCUCAUCAUGCUGGUCUACCUCGGAACCUGGACGCUAUCUGCUCCACCUGAUGCUGAAGUUAUAACGGACAACAGAGGCCUGAAAUUCAAGCAAUGUACUUACAAUUGGUGGGAUCACAGUUUAGCUAUAGGUGAAAUCCUGUUCCUAUUAUGGGGUGUACGAGUAUGCUACCGCGUACGACACGCUGAGAGCCUGUACAAUGAGGCGCGACUCAUCUCUAUAGCCAUCUACAACAUAUUUACUGUCAACUCUCUCAUGAUAGCUUUCCAUUUACUAAUAUUACCUCGAGCCGGACCUGACAUUAAGUAUCUUCUUGGGUUCAUAAGGACUCAACUAUCAACAUCAACAACUGUGCUGUUGGUGUUCUUACCUAAGGUAUUACGUGUGGUACGUGGUACGGGCGACACGUGGGACAGUCGAGCCCGUGCCCGCGGUGUACCAGCUUCCUCUUCACUGAAUGGCAUCGGCCUUGUGCCUGAUGAACCGCCUGACCUCUAUCAAGAGAAUGAGGAACUUAAGGAAGAAGUUCAAAAACUAGCAGCUCAGAUAGAGUUCAUGAAAAUAGUGCAGAUGGAGAUGCACAACCGUCACUUACGGCCGCGGCCCGGCGGCUACUUCACUACUAACGCUAACUCUGCCGCGCCGCAGAGCCCUAUACACCCAAAGACUGUUAACAUUUCACAGGACAGUACAGAAUGGAGCGGACCAGUGUGA